AUGCUGGGAGGUGAGGCCAGAGGGCGAGGGUGGCCUGGUCCUGGGGGGGUGGGGGCUGGGGGUGACAGGGUUCUUCAGUGGGCACAGAGCGGGCACAGACUGGCAAACGAGCAUAAAGGAGCCUGUUGUUGGGCAGAUUCAGACGCGUUUUUCAGUGAUGUGGACUUCACGUGUGGCUGUGCUGUUUGGUUUUGGCCGCGGAGUACAGAGAGCGGGCCGGACAAAGGCAGCAGCACAGUGAGACAUUCUGGUACAGGCUCUGCGCACGGCUCCUCCCGCCUCCCUCUGCUCCGGCCCCGGGCUGCCCUGCUCGGUCUCCGUAACAAGGAUUCCGCGGAGCAACAGCUGAGGCGCUCAUACGCGCGGCUGGACGGUGAGAGACGCGGACUCUCCAGUGGACAUUACGUUACGUACCGCAGCAGGAGAAGCCGGAGCUGUGGAUUACUGCUGUGGACCAUGUUCGGCACGGAGCAGGCCGGCUUUUAG